AGGAACUUCGGGGCGCGCAUGCGUUGAUUUAUAUACGGAAACAUGAUUGGCAGCCUGAUGUUCUACGCGCUCUACUAUUUGUCGCGUUACCUGCAUGUUCGACCCUCAGAGGCCUCAAAAAAGGAUCUUCCUCCUGCAGUGGUUAAUGGUAAGGCUGAGUGGGAUGCCAAAACCAGGAGGUUCACCAACUCACAGACAGCACAGCUGGACCAGUGGCUCAGCCCAACUGGUGGUUCGAAGGGAGAAACGAAAGAAAGGGUAAGCGAUCUAAGCCUGGAAGAGGGAAAAAACACAAGGCUCGACAUGAACGAAGAACCGCUGCUGGCUGUGCCAGAUAAGGACAUGGCGAGUGACGGAACCUCAAAAAUGACUGAGGUGCAAUCUGAAGUGAAGCAGAAAGAAACUGGGAAGCGACAUGGAGGAAGUCAGGAGAACCUGGAAGAUUCAAAACAGGAGGAUGGAGAAAUGAUUACCCACCAUAAGAUGGAGGGAAAUGGAGAAAUCUCACCAACGGAGGAGAUAACACCACAGGAAGCACUUGAGACACAGGCAGAGGACAGCAUACAAGAAACUACCUGCCAUCUACAGAAAACUAAAACUGCUGUUGAAGAAACGGAGCGCUGCGAUGAAACUGCUGUUGAAGAAACAGAGUGCUGGGAUGAAUACUUAGUCCCUGCUGUAGCUGAACCACAUGAUGAAGGCAUAAAUUCUAAAUUAGUGUUUUUCUCAAGCGAGCAGCACAAUGCACAAACCAACUGGCACUUCCCUGUAGGGCCUGGUCUGACAGAAGAAGUGGAGUGCCCACUGUUGCCUUUUCCUUCUAUGAGCUAUUACCCUCCUGCAGAGCCAGUGCACCCCUUUGAAGUGAUGUGGAGAUUAUGGGUUAAGAUGGAUGAGAGCGCUACUUCAGCAGAGUCUGCCAUGAUACCUUUCACAAAGGCCUCAAUGGAUUUCACUGUAAUGUCCUACAACAUCCUUGCUCAGGACCUACUGGAAGCUAACCAGGAACUGUACACACACUGCCCCCUGGAGGUGCUGGAUUGGAAUUACCGAUGUAAUCUGCUUUUAAAGGAAAUAGAAAAAUGGCUACCAGAUAUUUUGUGUCUUCAAGAGGUUCAGGAGAACCACUACCAUGAACAGCUGCAUCCUGCCCUGUCUCAGAUGGGUUACAACUGUGUGUUCAAGAGGCGCACAGGAACCAAGACAGAUGGAUGUGCUACUUGCUUUCGUAGUAGCUGCUUCUCGGAAGUUGCUGCCACUCAUCUGGAAUUCUUCAGGCCCGAGACAAGGUUGUUAGACCGGCACAAUGUGGGCAUUGUUUUGCUUCUUCGGCCACUGGUCAAACAGGGGUCAAAAGUGAAGGAGAUGGGCCCGCCCCUCUGCAUAGCCAACACCCACCUGCUUUUCAACCCCAGGAGGGGGGACGUGAAGCUGGCUCAGUUAGCUAUAAUGUUGGCUGAAAUUGACAGCAUGAUCAAGUCCUGUAAGGCUAAAGGUGAACACUGUAACGUAAUAAUGUGUGGAGACUUUAACUCUGUCCCAUACAUGCCUCUGUAUCAGUUCAUCACUACCAGUGAGCUCUACUACCAAGGCCUGCCAACAUGGCUGGUAUCAGGCCAAGAGGAUCUGUCAUACAAGGCCAAUUGUUACAGACUGUCUGCCCCACUGUGGCCCAGCUCUCUGGGAAUCACUGACAACUGCCAGUACACUACUGUCAAUGAGAUAUUUGACAGACAGAAAUCAGGGAAAUGUCAGUACAGCCACAACUUCUUGCUACAGCUGCGCUAUUGUCCGGCUGCGUGUGUCCGUCCUCAGGGCCUGCAACUGAUUCCAGGGGUGACUGACCACACACCAGAUGCUUCAAGGGCAAAUCAUCCUGAUGAGAAAAGGGUCAAACCUGCAGUCAGUCAUCGGUUAAACCUGGAGUCGGUGUAUAAGCACAUUCUCCCAGGUUCUGGAAAUCCAGAAGUGACAACCCUGCAUUCAGAAUUUGCACAUACAGUCGACUACAUCUUCUACUCUCCAAAACCUGUUUUUACCUCUGAUCACAAAGCUGGUGACAACUUUGCAAGUGAUGGACUGAAACUCCUUGGUUGUCUUUCUCUUCUAUCUGAGGAUGUCUUGUGGUCAAUGAAUGGACUUCCCAAUCACACAUUCGCCUCUGACCAUCUCAGUCUUAUGGCCAAAUUCCAGCUGGACAUCAGUAGUGUGUGACUGGAAAGAACUGCGAUUGAAUCUCAGAACAUAUUUCCUUUCAAAUUGUUAAUUUAUACAAGUUUUUUUUGUUUUGACUACCAUUACUUGUGGUUCACUUCUAUCAACAGGAUCAUAGUUUUUUAAUUGAAUAGAAAUUAAUAUUCAACAAAAAAAUAACACCGUUAUUCAAUCUUCUUUUAUGCGGUUUUCAUGAGAUAAAUAUUGAAAUAUGACCAGGAUAUGACAAUUCUUAUUUCUUUGUGCGUUAACAGUUUAUUUUUAGAAUGUUUGCUUUGUUAUUGGUGUGAAAAUACACUGACCGGUUCAUUUUGCUGUUGCUGAGUGUUGUUUUUCAUUUAAAACCAAUUUUGAAAUUGUG